GGCGGGCUCGACCGCUAGUUCAGUUUAGGCGGUUGUCAGGGAGAAGCAAGAUGGCGGCGGCGACAGAGGAAGAUACCGAGCUGAGGGACCUCCUUGUGCAGACCCUGGAGACGAGCGGCGUGCUGAAUAAAAUCAAGGCAGAGUUGCGGGCAGCUGUGUUUUUGGCUCUUGAAGAGCAAGAAAAAGUAGAGAACAAGACACCUCUGGUGAAUGAAAGCUUGAGAAAGUUUUUAAAUACAAAGGAUGGUCGAUUGGUGGCUAGUCUUGUUGCUGAAUUUCUUCAGUUCUUCAAUCUCGAUUUUACUUUGGCUGUCUUUCAACCUGAAUCUAGCACAUUAAAUGGACUUGAGGCUCGACAAAACUUAGCUCGAGACUUGGGAAUUGUAGAAGCUAAAGCUGCAGUAGAUGGGCCCUUAUUGCUGGAAGUGGUCAGAAGAUGUCAGCAGAACAGAGGAGUUUGUGACAGCGGAGAUGCAGCUCCAGUAAUAGCUGACAGUGUACAUUUUCCUCUAAAAUCAGAUGGGAAGUCCAAUGCACACUCGUUGCCAAGUAAAAUACCAAGGUAUAAAGGACAUCGUAAACAGAAAAGGUGCUUGGACACGGCUGAGCAGGUUACUGAAACCAGUCAUAGUGAUAAAAGCAACUUGUCUGGAGACAGAAAGAGCAGAGACACAAUUCACUUCUUACCCAAUGAAAUAAAGCUAAUUUCUCAACCAAACAAAGAAAUAGAUACCAAAGAAAAGAACAGCAUAGCUCGAGAGGAAGAUGAUACAGAAGGAGAUUCAUUCUUUGAUGAUCCUAUACCAAAACCAGAACGGUCUUAUAGCUGGAAAAAUGAUUCUAGCAAAGAGGGGAAUGUUGCAUCCUUUUCCGAUGCACCUCCUUUGAAGAGUGGCCAGAGUUCUUUGUCUGGAGCACCUCCACUAAAAGGGCCUGAUAAUGGAAACUCCAUUAUGAAAGAUGUAAAGACGGUGAAUUCUAAACUUGGAACACUUGAACUAGGCGAUGAAGAUGAAUAUGCAGAUGACUUCAACAGUACCAGUCAUCGGUCAGAGAAAAGUGAAGCCAGCAUUGGUGAAGAAAUAGAUGAUAUUUCUGUGGAGCUAGAAGACUUCAAUGCCAGUGAUAAACUUGAAGACCUCACACAAGAUUUCACCAUUUCUCAGUUAAGUGGUGAUGCAGAUUACAUAGAAGAUGUUGCAUGAGUAGAAAGCUGAAAACUUAAUUUGUUCCAUUGAGGACCUUUGUAGGAUCUGUUUUAAGACAAUCACUCUGCCGACGUAUCCCCUCCCCAAUUGUGCCUUGUGUUUCAAAGGGGGAGAAUUCAACCACCCACACAUUAUUUGGAGGGGGAAGUUUUUUAAAACUUGGAAGAACUGAAAAAAAUUGAGAGUAUAGUAGCUGUCUCGUUCAAAUAAAUCUUUUAUGCAAGAUAUUGGAUAGCUUCCUAGACUAUGUCUGUUGCAGGCAACAGACGUACUAAGAUGAUUGAUCUGCAAGAAUUUGGAAGAAAUCAGCAAAACAGACGAAAAAUGGCAAACAGUUUGAUGUUACAGUAACCAUUCAGCCUCUUGCUGAAGAAACCAAGCAGAUGCAGUGUCUGACCUUGAUCUUUUGUUGACUCAAUUAUAAUUUAUCAAUUUCAGUACAGUUUCAUUCAUAACUAUUGAAAUGUCUUUAGCACCCAGAAGAUAUGACCCAUGAUCUUCAAAAUGGACUAUUGGGAUGCCUCACACAAAGAAUACGAAAACAAAAAUAUUAGAGUCUGAAAUAUGUAUGAAUCCCCAAGAUUUCUAGUAGGUCCCUUGUUGCAACUUAGGUGCUUAGUUCUGCGUGGCCAAGAUUGCUAGGUACUUCUGAAAACUGCAACUGAAAUAUGAGCCUUAACUCUAAACUUAUUUUUAUAUAUUUAAACAUUUGUUACUCUAAGCUAGCUUUUUGUUUGUUAAUUUAAUGAGAGCAGUGAAUGGUUAUUAGCAUGAGGUUUUUUCUUUGAAACACAGCUUAAUACAGAAUAAACCAUUGUUGCAAGAGAGACUGUUUCAAGUUGAGAAUGUUCUGUGAUUAAAAAACAUUUUUGUGUAUGCA